GCGUCAAGCGGGACGGUGCGCGUCGGCCGGCGCCUCUGCUGCGCUUCGCCGACGCUCGUGCGCCAGCACGUGAGGUUCCUGCGAUGCGCCUCGGGCGGCGUCCCCGUUGACAUUCCGGCAAUGGCCCUGCUUCGCACCUGCUGCUGCUGGCUCUCUCUGCGCAAGGGAAGCUUCGCCUGUGGCAUCUACACGCUCAUUUUCUACACCAUGCUAGUUGCAACAGGCGCAUGUCACCUCAGCUCUACGUUUCACUCAACAGUGGGCUUCAUGCUGAUUGUCUUGCUGCUUAUUCUGUCCAGUUUUUGCAUCGUAUUCUCCGUGGUUCUGCUUCUGGGUCUCUUUUUCGACAAUCGGCUCCUGUUGCUUCCGUGGCUCGCCUUCGUGUCCACGACGACAGUGCUGGACGUCGCGCUGUCGCUCUACUUCAUCACGGAUCUGAAAGUCGAUGGUUUCGUGAUCACCAUGUACGUUGUCGACUACACCAUGUGCUCAAUAAAUAUCUACUGCAUAAUGUGCGUGGUGUCCCAGUACCAGCUGUACUACGUCAGAGGCCACGUCACGGAGCAGAUAAGUCGGCGGGAGUCACUGCCCGUGGUGAUGGCCCAAAAUAGGGGCGACGGCGCCGGCCAAAGCGGUGAUCGCUCCGCCUUCGGCUGCAUCAGUUCGUGGUACGUGCGGUGGCUCUCUCGCAAGACAGUUCCGCCACCUAGUGAUGACACGAUACUGCCGUGCCGCACCAUCGUUCCCGCAGAUACGACCGUCUCCGCUGAUGAAGCUGCAGCGGCAACGGCGCUUGCCGCCACAGGCAGAGAUGCUGAUGAAGUACCUCGCAAAGGCAGGUCAAACUUCCUAACCCCCGAGUCUCCGCUUGGCACUGGCCGUGGUGCCGAUGAGUCGUCCAUAGGCCCGCAGCUUUUCACGGAAGAGACGUCACUGGCGCCCUACGUCGAACAGACCGUAGUGCCACCUCCAAGUUGCGAAGGGCUGGAAGACCUUAGCGUCGAACUGGAGCUCCAGCGUGAAGCGGUGAGUGUCACCAAAGGACUACGAGACCACGACGGUGGACGGCUGUCCAUCGGUUCGGUACCCGAGAGCCAGCCCUUGCUCGAUGCCAGCGGUAGCCUUGAAAUCUGCGACCAACGGGACGGCCCUGUGCGUGACAGGGUAUAAUGCAGGGCGUUUCUCUGCCGUCUUGCUGAGUGGAAAAGGAAUGCCGCAAGGAGCCACGAGAAUUAUAAUAAGACCGUGAAGAACCUCCUCGGGACAGCUUGGUGAUCGUUGUUAACAGCAAGGUCAAGACAAGCGCUCCGCUUUCGCUCGGACGGCAAUUUCCUAAAAACAUCUUCCACGAGGGAAAGUUGCAGUGAUCCUGCGCCGUUACUGAGAGCAGCCACGGCAGAGGAUGUGCCGGGAGUGCCACCGGUGCUCUACUAGCACAAUAGGUGCUGCCAUCGUGAUACCCAUUCAGCGGGUGCUGUACAACAUUACUUCACCAAGUUCACAACCAAGUUCAUGCACACGCAUCGUUCACGGUCUGUCAGCAGACAACAGGCAUGAUAUCUGCGACCAAUAAACUACAUAUUGACAAAAUG